AUGAAAUUAAAAUUAGUACUUUUUAUUCAAAUAGUGUCAUUAAUGACGCAAAUGAUAAGUUCCAACCUAUUAUUACAUGAGGUUUCCCUUAAUCAAAAUGCUAGUGAAGUAACAAGACAAGAAAAUUUUCCACUUAAAGUCAAAAAGUCGGUAACCUUGAAGGAAAAAAUGGAUCUUUGGGACGAAGCGAUUGUUUAUUACCAAAUAGAUGACAUUUUUAAUGGAACACAACGUAGAUUAAUAAAACAAGGUUUGCGCAUGUGGGAAGAGUCAAGUUGCAUUCAAUUUGUCCAAAGAAAUUCAAAUAUCCAUCGAGAUUAUGUCGCCAUCACUAUAUUGGAAUGCGGGUGUUGUUACCAGGAGAAUUACCAAGGUCGCAGAAAUAAAGGUCGCAGUAAAUUGAGCUUAGCUAAAGGAUGUGAAGACAUAGAGAUUAUUCUUCAUGAAUUGGGGCACGUUUUGGGCUUCUACCACGAGCACCAACAUCCAGACCGUGACCAGUGGGUUCAAAUCAACAAAAGGAAUAUUGAUCAAGGUUAUGAACCAGAAUUUCAGCAGCUCUCACGAGCGCAUGUCGAUACUUUAGGACUGCCUUACGAUUACCAAUCUGUGAUGCAUUAUCCAAGCGAUGCUUAUGCAUAUUACAAUUUUUGGACUACAAUAGUCCCGAAGCAAGCUAUUAAUGGAACAGUACCAAACAUUGCCAGGGUGACGUUAAGGCUAUUAAUCUUCUAUAUCAAUGUCCAACUUGCGGAGGUGUUUUUUAUGGCGUAUAUAGCGGGAUUCAUAGAACCUCCUGUCAGCACCAAUGAUUCUGACUCAGAUCUAGCAUAUUGUCAGUGGCGAAUUGUUGCUUCUAAAGGGGAACGAAUAAUACUCGACGUUUCGACAUUGAAUAUUUCCAUGAAUCAUAAUUGUGCGAGCGAUUUUUUAGAAAUACGAAAUGGUCAUUCAGAUAAAAGUCUACUUGUGUUUUUUGGAAAAAAAUGUGGAAGUACAAGUUCAACAUUGGUGAAUGUCAACAAUCCCUUCACUUUGGAGUCACCAAAUUAUCCAUUUAAUUACAGGGCUUACGAUAAUUGCAAGUGGGCAUUCGAAACGCCUGAAAAUCAUACGAUUAAGGUUAAAUUUGAGUUUUUUCGAUUAGAAGAUAGCAGUAACUGUGGAAAUGACUUCGUUGAGGUGGAAGAAAUAGAUAUUGAUGGAAGUUCAAAGGUUAUUGGUCGAUUUUGUGGAAAUAGAAGUCCGUGGGAGUUGAACCUACAGGUUAAUAAAGUUUCAAUACAGUUUGUAAGCGAUGUCGUCAAUGACGAGGCUGGUUUUUCUGCUAUGAUUACAGCGGAACCAAUAGUAUAA